CCUCCCUCUGAGUCAGUCAAUCAAGGGAACUGACCUCACCUGUCAGCCGGAUUACCUCCAGCUGUGAUUUAAAGCUGCUCUCUGAGCUUGUUGUGUUCUCCUGUGCGGAUGCAGAGCUGCAGGAUGAGGGGCCUCCUGGUUCUCUGCUGUGUGAUGAUGGCUGCAGGUUCUCCAGUUCCAUUCACACAGGAGGCAGUCCCGUCUGUCCCAGGUGUGAACUCUACUUCAAACAGCCAGAGUGAAGGUAAAGUGGCCUCAGAGCUUCAGCUCGCCAAUGCCAGCGCAGAGACUCUACCAGAGCUGCAGCACGACCUCUCCGUGGCAGAAGGAGACAUCUUGUUAUCGGACAACAGGAACGCUGUGAACCUGCUGUGGACUGAUGGUAUCAUCCCAUACACCAUCAGUGUGGAGCUGGCUAACAGACGGUCAGAGAUCGAGGAGGCCUUCGCCAUGAUCAUGAGAGCCACAUGCAUCCGUUUCCAGGAGAGAACCUACGAGAACAACUACCUGGACAUUAAGGAUGGAGAUGGCUGCGCCUCCUACGUCGGCUGCAGUGGAGGAGCCCAGCCGGUCUACUUCGGAUCCACCUGCUCUGCGGGGAACCUCUGCCACGAGCUGGUGCACGCUGUGGGCAUGUACCACGAGCACACCCGGUUCGACCGGGACCAGUUCAUCAAGGUGGUCUGGGACAACAUCAAACCAGGCAAACAGGGAAACUUUGACGUGAAGAUGGGCAACACCCUGAACCUGCCGUAUGACUUUGGAUCCAUCAUGCACUACGGGAUGUCUUAUUUUAGCAAAGAUGGAAAUCCAACCAUUGUACCCAACCAAGGAGUGGACAUAGGUCAGAGGAAAUAUCUGAGCCGGCUGGACAUCCAGAAGAUCAACUCUCUCUACCACUGUGGUGCACCAAAACAGAUGUGGAGGUGAAACACUGACUGCUGAAUAAAACGCUUUCCUGAA